AGAUGGAAGCUCGUAUUGGACUAAUGAUGGUUUGUUUCUGUGUAACUAUUACCCUUUUCGAAGUAAUAGGAAAAAGCGAAGCAAUAAAGACAAAGAAGCCUAGAGAAUGCAAUAGUUCAAAGGAAUGUGGCUUUAAUCAAUGCUGUGCCAAUGAUCAAGUAAAAGGACGGAAAAAAAGAUCCAUGCGUUUUGCUGGAAUUUAUAAACCAUAUGGCCAACGGAAAUCAGAAUGUGCAGUGAGAAACCAAAAUGCUAAAGAAGUCGUGUUCCUUGGUUGGUGUCCAUGUAUAUAUCCAUUAAAUUGUAUUGGAACAGGAAUAAUUGAACCACCGUUUGGUGAAAAAGGGAUAUGCGGAUAUAGAUAAAAAAAAAAAUUAGAAGAAUUGUUAACUUUGUUUUCGCGAUCGUCAAUGUUAAUGAAAAUCAUUGUUAUAUACUCAUUACGUAUCUAAAUAUUUCAACAUAAGCGUUCUUGUAAUCCCCAAUAGUAUUACAUAC